UUUAUCGCGUUUUUCCGCUCAGCAUUGAAUUGGGUGGUCCUUUGGCGUUCUCCCGGGGACUCUGUAGUGGAGCCCGGCCUGCGGAUGGGAAAUGGACAUCCUCAAAGCGGAAAUCUCUCGGAAGCGGCAGCUGGUGGAAGACAAGAAACUACUCGGGACCAAGAAGACAUCAAAGAACCCAGCAUCUUUGGCCAUAGAAAGUCAGCUAGCAGACAACCAAAGCCUAUUCCAAGGAGAGAGCCUGGAACUGGAGAGAAUGGCCCCUGGGACCCAGAGACCCUCAUCUCAGGAGUUGGUGGACAUUCAAGGAUGUGGUUGUUGAGUUCACUGAGGAUGAAUGGGUGCCUGUUAGACCAUUUUCAAAAAGAGUUGUACAAGGAGGUUAUGGUGGAGAAUGUGGAGAACCUUAUCUUCCUUGAUGUGAAGACCAGGUUUGAAGUAAGUAAGAUGACUAGAAACCUAGGAAUAUUCAUGGAAGAAGGUGACGUGCAAAGAUUCAUAAGUGAUAGUCCAUGUGACUUCAAUUUGAGGGAAAUCCAAGACUCUAAUAUCAAGAUUUCACCUUGGAAUGAAAGAUAUGCAUGUCCACAAUGUGGGAAAGCCUUUGGUUGGAACUCGGAUGUUGAUAGACCUGAGAAGAUUCAUACUGGAGAGAAGAUUUAUCAAUGUAACGAAUGUGGGAAGGCUUUCUGCUACAGAUCACUCUUUAUUGGCUAUAAGAGAAACCACACUGGAGAGAAACCCUCUGAAUGUAAUCAGGGUUUAAAGGCUUUUAGAUGCUACACCAAUCUUGCUUCACAUGAUAGAAUGCUCACUGGAGAGAAGCAAUGUGGAAAGGUUUUGACACGCAGUGCCCAUCUUGCUACAGAUCAAAGAAUCCACACUAAACAGACAUCUUAUGAAUGGAAUCAAUGUGGAAAGGAUUUCACACUGAAGGGUAAUCUUGCUAAACAUCAGAGAAUCCACACUGGAGAGAAGCCUUAUGGAUGUAUUCACUGUGGAAAGGCUUUCACACUGAACUCCAGUCUUACUAAACAUCAGAGAACCCACACUGAAGAGAAGCCAUAUGAAUGUAGUCAAUGUGGAAAGGCUUUCAAAUAUGCUUUCAAUCUUGCUGCACAUCAGAGAAUCCACACUGGAGAGAAGCCUUAUGGAUGUAAGCAAUGUGGAAAGACUUUCACAGAGAACUCCAGACUGAGUAAACAUCAGAAAGUCCACACUGGAGAGAAGCCUUAUGGAUGUAAACAAUGUGGAAAGGCUUUCACACAAAGGUACAAUCUUGCUGCACAUCAGAGAAUCCACACUGGAGAGAAGCCUUAUGGAUGUAAGCAAUGUGGAAAGACUUUUACAGAGAAGUCCAGUCUUGCUGCACAUCAGAGAAUCCACACUGGAGAGAAGCCAUAUAGAUGUAAUCAGUGUGGAAAGGCUUUCACACAGAAGUACAAUCUUGCUGCACAUCAGAGAAUCCACACUGGAGAGAAGCCUUAUGGAUGUAUUCAGUGUGGAAAGGCUUUCACACGCAAAUCCAAUCUUAAUAAACAUCAGACUACCCACACUGGAGAGAAGCCAUAUGAAUGUAGUCAAUGUGGAAAGGCUUUCAGAUAUGCUUCCGCUCUUGCUGCACAUCAGAGAAUCCACACUGGAGAGAAGCCUUAUGAAUGUAAGCAGUGUGGAAAAACUUUCACAGAGAAGUCUAGACUCACUAAACAUCAGAAAGUCCACACUGGAGAGAAGCCUUAUGGAUGUAAUCACUGUGGAAAAACUUUCAUAGAGAACUCUAGACUCAUCAAACAUCAGAAAGUCCACACUGGAGAGAAGCCUUAUGGAUGUAAUCAGUGUGGAAAGGCUUUCACACAGAACUCCAGGCUUACUAAACAUCAGAGAACCCACACUAGAGAGAAGCCAUAUGAAUGUAGUCAAUGUGGAAAGGCUUUCAAAUAUGCUUUUGAUCUUACUACACAUCACAGAAUCCACACUGGAGAGAAGCCUUAUGGAUGUAAGCAAUGUGGAAAGACUUUUACAGAGAACUCCAGACUCACUAAACAUCAGAGAAUCCACACUGGAGAGAAGCCUUAUGGAUGUAAGCAAUGUGGAAAGACUUUCACAGAGAAUGCCAGUCUUACUAAACAUCACAGAACCCACACUAGAGAGAAGCCAUACGAAUGUAGACAAUGUGGAAAGACUUUCAGAUAUACUUUCGAUCUUACUACGCAUCACAGAAUCCACACUGGAGAGAAGUCUUAUGAAUGUAAUCAGUGUGGAAAGACUUUCACAGAGAACUCCAAACUCACUAAACAUCAGAAAGUCCACACUGGAGAGAAGCCUUAUGAAUGUAAGCAGUGUGGAAAGGCUUUCACAGAGAGGUACAAUCUUGUUGCACAUCAGAGAAUCCACACUGGAGAGAAGCCUUAUGAAUGUAAUCAGUGUGGAAAGACUUUCACAGAGAAUUCUAGACUCACUAAACAUCAGAGAAUCCACACUGGAGAGAAGCCUUAUGAAUGUAAUCAGUGUGGAAAGACUUUCACAGAGAACUCCAGACUCACUAAACAUCAGAGAAUCCACACUGGAGAGAAGCCUUAUGAAUGUAAUCAGUGUGGAAAGACUUUCACAGAGAACUUCAGACUCACUAAACAUCAGAGAAUCCACACUGGGGAGAAGCCUUAUGGGUGUAAGCAAUGUGGAAAGACUUUCAGAUAUACUUUCGCUCUUACUACGCAUCUCAGAAUCCACACUGGAGAGAAGUCUUAUGAAUGUAAUCAGUGUGGAAAGACUUUUAUAGAGAACUCCAAACUCACUAAACACCAGAAAGUCCACACUGGAGAGAAGCCUUAUGGAUGUAAGCAGUGUGGAAAGGCUUUCACAGAGAGGUACAAUCUUGUUGCACAUCAGAGAAUCCACACUGGAGAGAAGCCUUAUGAAUGUAAUCAGUGUGGAAAGACUUUCACAGAGAACUCCAGACUCACUAAACAUCAGAGAAUCCACACUGGAGAGAAGCCUUAUGAAUGUAAUCAGUGUGGAAAGACUUUCACAGAGAACUCCAGACUCACUAAACAUCAGAGAAUCCACACUGGAGAGAAGCCUUAUGAAUGUAAUCAGUGUGGAAAGACUUUCACAGAGAACUCUAGACUCACUAAACAUCAGAAAGUCCACACUGCAGAGAAGCCUAAUGGAUGUAAUCAAUUUGGAAAGGCUUUCACAAAGAACUCCAGUCUUGCUAGACAUCAGAGAAUUCACCGGGGGGAGAAACUCUAAGAAUGUAGUCAAAGUGAAAAGACUUUCAGAUAGAGCUCCAGAAUUGGUUGAUAUAAAAAAAUCUAUACUGAAGAGAAACUUUAUGAAUGUAAUCAUUGUGGAGAGAAACCUUACCAAUGUGUGUGUGUGUGUGGGGGGGGAUAUGCUUUUCUCUGGAGGAGGGUGAUCAGUAAAUUACCUUAUUCCUACUGGAAUGAAGGUGGAGGAAGGCAAUGGUUGUGAGAAGGGCUUCUCCUGGAACUAAUAUUUGCCUUUACUUUGGAACAAUCACACUGGAGAUAAAACUUAAUGGAUCUAAUUGCCAAGGGAAGGCCUCUUGCUGCAGCACAGACUUCAUUAGAUCUCCCAACAGAACAGACUUCAUUAAACAUCCCAAAUUCCAUCCUGUGCACGAAACCCUAUAAAUGUAAUGAUUUUUCUCUCAAGUCCUAAUGUUUGCCAUCACUACUCAAUAUUUCAUGGCAUUGAUAGACUAUCAUUCCUUCGGCCAUUCCUUAAUGAAUUGGUACUCACUUUGUUUCCUUUUGUUUAGUGGCACAAAAAGUCUUUGUAUAAAUAUUUUGUUUGGUUACUGUUAUACAUUAAUUUAUACAGUGCUUUCUUUAAUCAGCUGGGUGGCACAGUGGGUGAAGUGCUGUGUUUGGAACCAUAUAAGGCCUGAAUCCCAAUUCAGUAUGUGGUACUUUUCUAGCUGUACAUCCCUGGCCAGUCAUGUAACCUAAUAUGAGUCUCCCUAUCUGUAGAAUGGGGAAAAGGGCAUCUGCCUCCCAGGGUUGAGGUGAUGUGGGGUAUGGCUGGGGCUCAGGUGUGUAAUGCCCCUGUACCCAGAUGAAAACUUGAUACUGAAUAAAGUCAUUGGCAGCUCCAGAGUGAAAGAGAAUUUAAAGAAGACAGUGGGUCCAUGGCAGCAGGCAGACAUUGUGAAGUGCUUUGAAUCCCUGUGUUUUCCCUCCCUUUCCCCUCUGAGAUUUAUACAUGUAGGUUACAUAGGUGCAAGGAGCCUUCUUUGUUUUAACUAAUGUUAUUCAUUGGUUCCACUGCUUGUGAGGGAAAUGCUGAUUGGGUUAAAGGCUGCAUGAACUCCUCGUGCAUAGUUUGCUCAUACUAUAGGCACUUUAAGGGCAGCAUGUUGGCUCUUCCUUAUAUAGAUAAUCCAUACUGCAUGUCUUGGAAUUCACAUUCCAUCUCUUAUAUGGAUAUUCCAUUCUUUUAUUAUGUCCCGGACCCUACA